CGCCCCGGGCCGGCUCCCGGGGGUCGAGGGGGCCCGGGAGGAGGUGGCGGGAGGGGGGCCGGCACUUGGCCCAGGAUGGCGGGGAGGGGCCGGACCCGGCGUCUGCCGCCCGCAUCCUGGCCCUGGCCCCGCUCCGCCGCUCCUCAGGCCGCGCCGCCUCCCGAGCCCCUGCCCCGGCCCGGGGACCGCUGACCGGGCCCGGCCCGCGGCGGGGAGGGGGCCGCGCGGUCUCAGCCCGCCGGAGGGGAGGGGCGACGGUUUCUGUCGGCGGAGCUGAAGGGGUUUAAAGGGCGGCUCUUAAAGGGGCCGCAGAGGGGCCCGGGCCGAGGAGGCACCCCCUCCCCAUCCGCCCUUCGUGGUGCCACCCGGGGCCGCCGGGCGGAGGGGAGAAGGCGGGGGAAGGAAACAGUCGGGGCGGCGCGGGGCCGAGCCCCUGCGAGUGCGGGGCCCGCGGUGGCGGGCGGGGGUCGGCUGUGGGUGUGGUGCGCGCUGGCCGGCGGGGCUGGGGGAGGGGACGGCCUGGAAGGAAGGGGUUAACGGUGCGGCCAGCCCUCCGAACGGGCGCACACGCUCCGCACUCGGUCCGGGGCGCACGCGUCUCCCUGGCACCUAAUGGCGGGGGGAGGGGUGGGGGAGGGCGGUGUGGGGUCCCGGGCCUGCGCCCCUGCCACCCCAGGUCCUGCUGCAGGGCUCCGGGGGGUCGCGAACCCCACUGUCUGCACUCACACCUCCGGAGCCCUCUCUCCUGCACACACACACGGGCUCCGGCGCGCGCACACACCUCGGACAUUCCCAUAGUCCCUCACGUGACCCAAACGUGCCCACCCGCACACACGCUCACGCACGCGUGCACACACGCGCACACACACAGACACACACACACACACACACACGGCCGCUUGAAGGCUCCAUCCGGACCCCCGCGCGCAGCCCCGCUCGGGCGCUCGCGGAGUGUAACGCACCUACACUCAUUCACAGACACACACGGCCCACACAUGCCAACUGCAGACACAUUCAUAAACAGGCCGGGAGCAGCGCGCGCACCCCCGCGCCCAGCCCACUCUUUCGGGAGCCCUGAGUCAUUCCUGCCCCCUCCCAGGGCUCCCCAUGUCGCCGUGUGCGCGCCCCCAGGGCGGGCUGGGGGACUCGGGCAGCCCUCUCCAGCGGGGCCGGGCCCUCUCCCAGCCCCCUGCCCCUCUGCGCAUCCUGACGCUCUUCCAGGACUUCCUGUGGGUCCCAGGAGGCCCAAGGGGUGCUGCAGCCCAGGCCCUCGCCAUGGAGUCCAUGUUUGAGGAUGACAUCAGUAUCCUGACCCAGGAAGCCCUGGGCCCCAGUGAGGUGUGGCUGGACGCUCCUGAAGACCCAUCGCUGGGGGGAGACAUGUGCUCCGCCUCCCACUUUGCCCUCAUCACGGCCUAUGGAGAUAUCAAGGAGCGUCUGGGGGGCCUGGAGAGGGAGAAUGCCACCCUUCGCCACCGCCUCAAAGUUUAUGAGAUCAAGUACCCGCUGAUCAAUCACUUCGGAGAGGAGCACGGCUUCUCUCUGUAUGAAAUCAAGGACGGCUCCCUGUUGGAGGUGGAGAAGGUCAGCCUACAGCAACGGCUCAACCAGUUCCAGCAUGAGUUGCAGAAGAAUAAGGAGCAGGAAGAACAGCUCGGGGAGAUGAUCCAGGCUUACGAGAAACUCUGUGUGGAGAAGAGCGACCUGGAGACAGAGCUUGGGGAGAUGCGGGCCCUGGUGGAGACCCACUUGCGGCAGAUCUGUGGUUUGGAGCAGCAACUGCAGCAGCAACAAGGCCUCCAGGACACAGCAUUCUCCAGCCUGAGCCCCCCGCCGGCCCCGCCCUGCGCUGAUCUGGACCUGCACUACCUGACCCUGAGAGGGGGAUCUGGCUUGAGUCACGCAGGCUGGCCAGGCCCCGCGCCAAGUGUGAGCGAGCUGGAGCGGAGGCGCCUGGAAGAGGCCCUGGAGGCUGCCCAGGGCGAAGCCCGGGGGGCGCAGCUCCGGGAAGAGCAGCUCCAGGCCGAGUGCGAGCGGCUGCAGGAGGAGCUGAAGCAGCUGCAGGAGACCCGGGCCCAGGAUCUGGCCUCCAACCAGUCGGAGCGGGAGAUGGCGUGGGUGAAGAGAGUCGGAGAUGAUCAGGUGAACCUGGCGCUGGCUUACACGGAGCUGACGGAGGAGCUGGGCCGGCUGCGGGAGCUGAGUUCUCUGCAGGGGCGGAUCCUGAGGACGCUGCUGCAGGAGCCCACGCGGAGCGGCGGCCAGAGGCACUCGCCGCUGUCGCAGCGCCACUCCCCGGCGCCCCAGUGCCCCUCGCCCUCCCCGCCGGCGCGAGCGGCGCCCCCGUGCCCCCCGUGCCAGUCCCCCGCCCCCCAGCGCCGCUCCCCAGGCCCCCCGUGCCCCUCGCCCCAGCAGCGCCGCUCGCCGGCCUCGCCCUCCUGCCCCUCGCCCGUCCCGCAGCGCCGCUCGCCGGUGCCGCCGCCGCCGUGCCAGUCGCCCAGCCCGCAGCGCCGCUCCCCGGGGCCCCCCGCCGGCCCGGCCCCGCCGCCCCGGCCGCCGCCGCCCCUCCCGCCGCCGGGGGAGCGCGCCUACGCCAAGCCGCCCAGCCAGCUCGCCAAGGCCGGCUUCCAGGGCCGCCGCAGCUACUCGGAGCGGGCCGAGGGCGCGGGCUACGCGGGCGCCCCCCCGCCCUGGCUGCAGGCCGAGGCCGCCACGCUGCCCAAGCCGCGCGCCUACGGCGCCGCCGAGCUCUACGGCCCGGGCCGGCCGCUUAGCCCGCGGCGCGCCUUCGAGGGCCUCCGCCUGCGCUUCGAGAAGCAGCCGUCGGAGGAGGAGGAGUGGUCCGUGCCGCCCAGCCCGCCCAGCCCCGAGGCGGGCGCCAUCCGCUGCUCCUCCUUCUGCGCCGGCUUCCCCGUCCCCGAGUCGCCGGCCGCCGCGGCCUAUGCCCACGCCGAGCACGCGCAGUCCUGGCCGUCCAUCAACCUGCUGAUGGAGACAGUGGGCUCUGACAUCCGCAGCUGCCCCCUCUGCCAGCUGGGUUUCCCUGUCGGGUAUCCGGAUGACGCCCUCAUCAAACACAUUGACUCCCACCUGGAGAACAGCAAGAUCUAGGGUGCCUCCCCCACCCACUGGCUGUUUCCCUGCCCUCUCCCAUCACCCCCAAGCACUCACUCACUUUGAAUGCUGCAUGAAUCUUGUGGGGGGCCCCUGCCCCUCGCGACCCCCAGAUACCUCCACUAGCUACCGAGUCAACGUGUGUGCCAUCUUCCCUGGUCCAGGCACCACUCAGCCCUGGGUCUUCCCAGGAGGUCAGUCAAGGCUCUCCCCAGCUCCCUCGCUUCCAAGGGGAGAUGGGGAUCCGGGCUGGGACAGGGAGGGGGGACCCUACCCAGCCUCUCCCUCUGCCUUUCUGUUCUCAAACACAGUCGGGUCCCAGGAGAUGGCUAGUGGUUGGGCCUGGGGGAGAGGGAGGGUAUCAAAGGACUCCAGGAGCUCCCUCAGCCCCUCCCAGACAUCCAUCUUUCCCAGGCCGUGCUCUGCCCGAGGAACACAGCCUGAGGGGGGUUCCGGAGCCUGCCCUGCGCACUGACACCAGUUCCUCCAUCCCACGGCCAGCUCAGGGCAGGUGGCCUGGGCCCCUGUUGGGGGAAGGAGACACUUUGAUUCUUGCCACUCUCUGCAGGCCAGUCCUGUUCUCCCCCUCUGCCCACCCUGGGGAACAGGGAGGGUGGGAGAGCAGAGGGAGGACCCUGAAGGACUGGAAGGAUCCAGCCUAAAGAGGCUGCCCUGUGGGCCAGGGGUCCCUGCACCAUGACCCUCAGGCCAGGGGCCUGUCUGUGCCAGCCUUCGAGGCCCGUGCGCUCCCCCUGGAGCCCCCAGCACCGAGGCACAGAUGCUUGUGACAGCUGCUCCCCUCCCCUCUUACCCCACUCGAGCCCUGGCACCACAGGUACCCAGGAUCCCGUGUGUGACUCAGGCUCUGUUAGCUGGGUGGGUGUCAUCAGCCCUGCCUCCCAAGCCAGAACCUGAGGAUGGGCCCAGGGUGCUGUGGAGAUCAAAUUCAAAAGAGCUAACCCCUUUCCCACACCCCAGUGACCCACAUUCCCUCUGUGAAAUCUACCUCAGAGUCGUACCCUCAGAAGGACGGGUAAGCAGGAGGCCAGGGGGUCCCGGGGCUGAGGUGGGGAGCUUCCUACAGCAAGAGCCUGCCACCCACGAUGAAUCCACCCCCCGCUGCCAGCCUCGCCUGGGUCUCAGCCCCAGGCCUGUGGCAGUGGACGCUACUGUCAGUGCAUGUACCAUUCUGAUCCAACUCUUCCAGGCCCCUCCCUCCUCACACGUCUCCCCUCCCCCUCAGCGUGGGGGAGUGAAGGGGUGUGUCAGGCGGGAAAGGGGCCAAGGACUCCAGAGAUGGCAUUGUACCUUGAGUGUUCCUCCAGGGAGGGGAAGUGGGGACGGGGAAUGCAGAGGGGAGGUGGGGGCCCCCCGAGCCCUCUGAACAAGUUGAAAAUCCAAAUAAAACUUACCUGUUCCAUCUGC